AUGAAUUUUUCACAAUUGCGAGCCUUUAGCGAACUAGGACAAAAAAACCCGUCUAGCUCAAUCUUCACAGCGAGGGCCAAUACAGCUUCCUCAAGUAAAUCUAAUAAGACGUCAAAAUCAGAACACACGAAUUGUCCGCCGGAUACGUCGCCAUCGUUUGCGGGGCAAUAUCCCCUUCAGUUACGACCAAUUUCACGUUUAUGGGCGAAUCAAUACAUGAAAGCACUGUCCGCAUGUAGUAAAGUACAGGAGAAGGAUUGCUGGUACAAUAUCAGGGUUACUGUAGAACCAUCAUCUGCUAGCUUGGACACAGUUGUCGAAGCACUUGUCGCAACUGGCGUGGUCGUGACAUCAGUUGUAGCGCUAGAUCUAGGGUGGACACAAGGAGAAUGGAUGAUCAAGGUGAAAAACGUUGAAUCCAUGUCCAAUCUCAUCAACUCCUCCGAUCUCUUUCAUGAGGGUUACUUCAUUGGCGGUUUACGAAAUAUUCCGGAAAUCGAAUUUAUCAUUCUACCUGUGUUUUGUGUUCGUUAUGGAAAAGGCAAACCUGUAAAUUUACCUGUCGUAUUAUCAGGUAUACCAUUCCAUACCGCUCGUCUCAACUUACAUAGAUAUAUAUUUCAGUCGAUGACCGCGCAGAACAAAACACUGGGAAUCGAGGGAGUGACAGUUAAACAACAGUAUAGGGUCGGUUCGAUUACAACAACCGACGUUCGAUGUCAUAUCCUCAUCAACCCACUCUUCAUUCAUCAUUGGGAUCUCGAAAAACCAAUGAAGACAAUAUUACAAGGAUGGGAUGAUAAAGGUAAACCUCGACCUGAGAUGUGGCCAGUUACGAUGCGAUAUCUAGAUGAGUGUGUAACGUGUGGUGGAUUCUAUCAUUUCUCCGGUGAUGGUACUACUUUAAUAGAAUGUAAAGUUAACUCACGUAGAAAAAUAAUCUUGAGCAGACGCAAAUUAACUGAUCAGAAAUCAGCAAAGACUCCAGGAAAACAAGAAAAACAAAUUCUACCAAAAGAUCCUUAUACUAGUUUACCUGAACAAACUUCAUCAGAUUACAAUACAAGAACACCUAUUGGUUUCAUUGUCACUGGCUAA